AUGGAUAGAGUCAUCCUCCUGCUGUCAGUUGUGUGUCUGGGCGUGUCCUCUCAGCCAAUCACAGACAGCCAGCGUCUGUUCUCCAUCGCAGUCAGCAGAGUCCAACAUCUCCACUUGCUGGCACAGAGACUGUUUUCUGACUUUGAGAGUUCUCUGCAGACGGAGGAACAACGUCAGCUCAACAAAAUCUUCCUGCAGGAUUUCUGCAACUCUGAUUACAUCAUCAGUCCAAUCGACAAACACGAGACGCAACGAAGCUCCGUUCUGAAGCUGCUGUCUAUCUCCUAUCGAUUGGUUGAGUCUUGGGAGUUCCCUAGUCGCUCUCUGUCUGGAGGUUCUGCUCCGAGGAACCAAAUUUCACCAAAGCUGUCUGAACUGAAGACGGGGAUCCUGCUGCUGAUCAGGGCCAAUCAGGAUGCAGGAGAGGUGUUCCCUGACAGCUCUGCCCUCCAGCUGGCUCCUUAUGGAAACUAUUACCAGAGUCUGGGCGCCGACGAGUCGCUGCGUCGAACCUACGAGCUGCUGGCCUGUUUCAAGAAAGACAUGCACAAGGUGGAGACUUACCUGACGGUGGCUAAAUGUCGACUCUCGCCUGAAGCAAACUGCACUCUGUAA